AUGUGUGAGCUUUUGCUGCCCAACAGGAUCCCGGGAUCAUGCAACUAUUCAAAAGAAAGUGCUCAAGACUAUUUAAAUCCGUUUAGAAGUUCAUAUAUUCCAACUGAAAGCCCUGAUUAUUCAAACAUAUCGACAGAUUCAUUUGAUAGAUAUUAUUUUUCAAAUUACAAUCCGCCUAUUGAUAACGGAAGAGAAUACUCUGAUCAAAUAUGCAACUUUUUGCAAAACAUAGAGAUUGGAAGGAAAGCCCCAAAAACUACCAUAAUUUCAAAAGAAAAUAGAGCUGCUCUAAUUGAUUGGAUGUUAUGGAUUUGCUAUGAAUUUGGCUUUGUUGAUGAAACUUUCUUCUCAGCCGUCUCAAUUAUCGAAAAAAUUCUACUGAAGAUUCAAGUUAAUAUAAACUCCUUGCAAUUUUAUGGAGCAAGCGCAGUAUGGCUUGCAUCAAAGUUACAUGAAACGCAAACACCAUCUGUUGAAGAUUUUGUUAACCUUUGUAAUUAUGAAUACACAUCUAAUCAAUUUUGUCUUUUUGAAAAAGAGCUUUUGCAAGCAUGUAACUAUGAUAUUAUUGAUCCAACUGCAGAUAAUUUUACAUCAGCAUUCCUUAGCCAAAUUCCAUCAGAUUCAAACUUCAAUGAUUGUGCAAAAAUGCUAAUACAUGCAUCUGUUUUCUCGCCAUCACAUGCUUAUAUGAAACCAUCACAUAUUGGGCUCGCAGUAUUCACAUUAGCAAAAUAUAUUACUAGAUAUCCAAUGAAUUUAAUAGUUCUUCCUCGAUCCUUACAAUAUUUUGAAGAAGAUGAACUAAAUUCAGCCACAAUUUCAUUAAUUGAAGGUUUAAAGAUUGCCAAAAAUAAUACUGAUUCAACAUUUCGAGUCAAAUUUGCCGAAUUUUUACAAUAUAAUUCUAUUGAUAUCGAUUUUCUCAAGAACAAAAUGCAAGAAUAUAUUUCAACUAAUUCAUUAUCUUCAACCCUAGAAUCGUAA